CAAAUUGACCAAUAUCCAUAAGUUAGAGCACAAGUAAUUUGUGCCCAAAGUUCACCGAGCCAACGGAAUCAGACGCGUCACGCCUCGUUCCGAAUUCUGCAGCGGCCAGAUCACAAUUCAAUCCUGCCCGAAACUAGGCGCUAUGGCCGCAUCCGAUAAGCUUGUAGGCGCUGGCGCACUUCUAGUUGCCGUAAUAGUCUUUGUUUACUAUACACUCUGGGCCUUGAUUUUGCCAUUCUUUCCUCCAGAACACCCUAUACACAAUCAUUUCCCACCCCGAGAGUGGGCAGUGCGCAUCCCUGCAUUCCUGCUUGUCGUUGGUCUCUCUGCUGUUGGCGCGUUCAUCGGUUCUGUCCUAAUUAAGGAGGGAAGGAAAAGACGAGAGAAGAAUGCCGUGAAACAGGCUUGAUACGUAAUAGCUGUCUGUUGAAACUUUGUUCUAGCCUCACAGGUUUGCUGACCACCCAAGUUGAAUGCAAUUGCAGAGUUAACCUAGCCCCUCUCAGUAGAUUGUCAUUAAUUACGCCACCCAUAGAUACAUCAGAUCUCCAGAGUGGGUUCGUGCGGUGGAUUAUAGUCAUACAAUGCAAUGGAACGAAUGCAAGUGCGUGCAUGGCGAGUCAAAUGCUGGAUGGAAAGUGAAAGAGAAAGUUGGCGAAAGUAGUAAGACCGAGGAACAAGUAUAAGGGGCGAAGAAUCCUGCAAGUACCCUAUUU